AUGAAGCCUACUUUAGGUCUCCGCGGCACCAAACUCAACAUCGGGCACAUCUGUACGGUCAUUCUCCCGGCCUACAUCUGCUUCGGUUAUCUCAUGGCUGUGACAUCGGGCAUCGAAACUCGGCAGUCAUGGGUACACACAUUUCCCCAGAUGGACACUGUCAAUACGACAGGCUCCAGAGAAGCAGAGAACUCUCGAAUCAAAGGCACGGUGACGGCAAUCUUCAACUUGGGCUGUCUUUUCAGUGCCCUUAGUUGUAUAGUGGUGGGUGAUAUCCUUGGUCGUAAGAGAACGUUCAUGCUGGGUCUGGCGAUUACAAUCGUCGGCUCAAUACUCCAGUCGAGUGCAUUCUCCUUGCCCCAGUUAACCAUCGGGAGGUUUGUUGCUGGAUUCGGGUUUGGUGGCGUGACUGCUACUGGGCCGAAUUGGCAGAGUGAGACCGUUCAGCCCCGGUUAAGAGGAUUUAUUGUCAUGUUUCAGAGUAUCUUUCUGUGUACUGGGCUGGCACUUGCCGGGUGGCUGGAAUACGGGCUCGCGUUCACAGAGGGAUCGGUGACCUGGAGACUUCCUCUUGCAUUUCCUUGUUUUCUCUGUCUAGUAUCCCUAUUCUGGGCUCCCGUGUGGCCGGAUUCACCACGUUGGUUGAUCAAAAAGGGUCGCAUUGACGACGCUCGCAAUGUCCUUGCUAUGCUCCGCGAUGAAUCCGUCGACAGCCCCGGUAUCAUUCACCAAAUCGAAGAAAUUGAAACAUCGCUUCAGGAAACCGGACAGGGCUCCUUUAAGGAUAUCUUUCGGAACGGACCGGCACGAUUCGCCAACCGGGCGUUCAUCGCUGUCUCAUUGCAGAUGGGGCAACAGAUCUGCGGGGCCAAUGCGAUAACUUUCUACCAAUCGACUAUAUUCGAGACUUAUCUUGGUAUGGACGGGACUCUAUCGUUGCUUAUGUCCGCGGUUCUUUUCACAUGGAAAAUGCUGAUUGCCCCCAUCGGCACCCUGACUAUCGACAAGGCUGGACGACGCAAAUUGCUACUUAUCGCCUUUGGUGGGAUGGGCAUAUGCAUGGCCGUGAUGGCAGGGUGCAUCUCCCAGCCAUCCAAUACAGCCGCCGUUCAUACCGCGGUUGCAUUCAUUUUCCUUUACGUGUUCUUUUACGUUAAUGGGUGCAUUGGUUUAACGUAUCUCUACUGCUCCGAGAUCGCACCACUGGCUGUUCGGACACAGAUUACCGGCAUGUCGACGGCGUCGUCGUGGACAUUUAACUUCCUGGUUGUUGAGGUCACGCCUACUGGGUUCAGCUCCUUGGGCUGGAAGUAUUUUAUCGUUUAUGCAGCCAUCAAUUUGGUCUUGCUUGUGCCAAUGGUGUACUUUUUCUUUCCCGAGACGAAGAGUCUGCACCUAGAGGCCAUUGACAAUAUCUUCCUUGAUAGUAAAAACAUAUUUCAGCCGGUUCCUGCGGCUAGAGAUAUGAGGAAGAAUGGUCGACUGCAGGGUGCGCAUGGGGGGUUGCAGGUUGAGGAGAAGGCGACAGAGGAGCAUAUGGAGGUUGUCUAG